UGAACACUAGAGGCGCUAUACUCCCUCUGUGUGUCACUUAAAGGGUUUAAACAACAAAGCUACAGCUGCGUCCACACAAGGUUAUGAGACAGAGUAAUAGGUAGAAGCACCACGUUUAGCUCUCCGAAUGACAACGACGGUGAAAUAACAGUCUUCUCAGGAAAUGGACCUCUUGAAUAUAAGUCGGCAGUCUGACCAACUUAAAGAACCGAAUGGCUUCAAAGACAAAGACCCAGACUGUCAAAAUGGUACGGAGAAAGAGGAAGAACCGUUGCUCCGGGACAACCCCAGACGGUUUGUCAUCUUCCCCAUCCAGUACCCCGAAAUCUGGAGGAUGUACAAGCAGGCUCAGGCCUCCUUCUGGACGGUGGAGGAGGUUGAUCUAUCCAAAGACUUGUCACACUGGGACCGUUUGAAACCUGAGGAGAAACACUUCAUCUCCCAUAUCCUCGCCUUCUUUGCUGCAAGUGAUGGUAUCGUCAAUGAGAACCUGGUGCAGAGGUUCUGCCAGGAGGUGCAGGUCCCUGAAGCACGCUCCUUCUACAGCUUCCAGAUCCUUAUAGAGACUGUUCAUUCAGAGAUGUACAGCAUGCUCAUCAACACAUACAUCAGGGAUCUGAAGGAGAGGGACCACUUAUUUAACGCAGUCCAGACAUUACCUUGUGUCAGACGAAAAGCAGACUGGGCCCUCCAGUGGAUAAAUGACAGCAAAUCCUCAUUUGCGGAGCGCAUUGUGGCCUUUGCGGCAGUAGAGGGCAUCUUCUUCUCCGGCUCUUUUGCUGCAAUCUAUUGGCUCAAGAAAAGAGGACUAAUGCCUGGCCUCACCUACUCCAACGAGCUGAUUAGCAGGGAUGAGGGUCUGCACUGUAACUUUGCCUGCCUGCUGUACAGCUACCUGGUGAAGAAGCCAUCAGAUGACAGAGUGAAGGACAUCAUCACCAAAGCUGUUAGCAUUGAGCAGGAGUUUCUGACAGAGGCCUUACCAGUGGACCUCAUUGGAAUCAACUGUUGUCUGAUGAGGCAGUACAUCGAGUUUGUGGCCGACCGGCUUCUAGUUGAUCUCGGACUGACCAAGGUAUACCAAGCUGAAAAUCCUUUUGACUUCAUGGAGUCUAUUUCACUGGAGGGAAAAACCAACUUCUUUGAGAAACGAGUAGGGGAGUAUCAGAGAUUUGGAGUUAUGUCAAGCAUGACGGGCUGUGAAUUCACUCUGGACGCAGACUUCUGAAAAGGAAAUAAGAUUCUGUUACAUUUUUUGUUACAUUUCACCUUUUUAUUUAUUUUGUUAAAGAACUUAUUGUCUAAAACUGGCCUAAAGUGUUGUUAUAAUAUUAUCAAGGAAUUACAAAGGACAAAUAAAUGGUUGAAAGGUUAAAGCUGCACUCACACAUUUUUUCCUACAGUUUGGUUACUCAACGUUAUUUAUUUAUAUACUAUAGUAUCAUACAAACCCGGUGCCCAAAGUUCUUCACAUAGACAAACACCGGGGAUAAGAAAUUAUGAAAAUAACAUUAAAAUCUAAGGUUGUAACAUCACUCCAAAAUUACAAGCCAGCGUUAAAGAAAGGUUUUUAUCUUUAGAAAUAGAAAGCUUGCUAUUUAUAUCCAAAGGCAGUAAACUCCACAGCAAAACAUGAAUGUGUUUGGUGAUAGGAAUGAUUAUUCUGUUACUCAUUGGAAAUGUGAAGUUGGUUAAUUGUUACUAUAUGUUUUAUGAAGACUGCAGUUCUGGCAUCUGGCCUUUUAUGGUGGAUUGCUAAAACAUGUUGUUAUUUUUACAAUAAAAAUGUUUUUUGUAAAAGUGAA